AUGGCCCUCUUAGUCCACCAAUUGGCGGAGCAGGUCCAUGAUCCCACGAAAAAAGGCUUCACCUUGAUCCUUCUUUUGAGCGAUCGGCUCCAAUUGGAUCGGCAGUUGGGUGACACUUUGGAGACCUUCCUCUCCCGCUGCCACGGCAGCUCCCGUCUACGGCGCUGCGAGACACGCACAGGGCAGCUGAUGAAGGUGUUGAGCUCCUUGGGGCAGUUGGUGGAACGCAGUGCCAAAGCCCUGGUGGUCGUGACGACCAAGCAGAAGUUGGAUCGCGUUCUCUCGGAUGGCAAGAACUCCCUGGAUCUGUCGCCCAUUUUCGCCUGUGGCCGCGUGGCCGUGAUCUGCGAAGAGUGUCAUCGGGCGCACUUCGAGGGGGGCAAAACGGCGGAGGCCGUGCGGAUGCUGUUUGGCGGUGGACGCUCGACCCAACCAGAAGAUUUGGUGUACAUCGGCUUCACCGGAACCCCCAGCCCCAGCUGCUUGCGCCUCUUCAGGGCAUCAGUGCAUGGCUACCACCUGGGACAGGCUGAGAAGGAAGGAGUGGUCUUGGACGUCUUGACCAACUACGAAACCUGCCGACUUCAAAGCCUUUCAGAGAAGUGCCGCUACAUCUUGGCGGAUCUACAAAGGCUCCGGGGUCGUGACUGUCCGCUGGAACGGGCGACUUUUGACUACCCCUUCACCCUCUAUGAAACCAUCUUGGCAGACAUGUUUGAUGUUGCAGUGCUGUUGCUUCCAUCAUCUUCCAUCCAUAGCAGGGUGGCACAAAGCUAUGAUGAAGCCUUUGCUACCGAUAUGAAGGCAGUUCUCGGGGGGUGGCAGGCAGGCUUCAAGCCAUUUCUGUAG